AUGCCUCUCUACGAGCUCUUCUGCGUGUCAGCGGCCUCGCCAUCCUCGGCGCCCUUCCGAGAACUCAUCCGGUCGACAUCGCGACUGGUCGUGGACAAUGGCGGAGUGGUGAGAGGCAUGCAAUACUGGGGAAGAAGGUACCUACCGCAAAGGACAAAGCGACACCAGCAAUAUCAUUACGAGGGAGACCACUUCCUUCUCCAGUUUGAUACCUCGCCUCCGGUUCUCUCUGUUCUGAACUCUCGUCUACGAGCCGAUCCUCGUGUGGUGAAGUGGACUGCGCUCAAGCUUGGCGAAAAGCUGCACGAGAUUACACCGAGGGGAACAUCUGGGGGUUACAAUGAUCUGCUUGGACCUCCCUCUGCAGACAGGGCCGGGCCUUCGGGCAAGACUGUCAUGGGUGGCGGCAACACCAUCGCUUAGAGCCCAGGGGCAGCGCAUUUCGAGGCAAGGAAGGAGUAGGAAGCUGCGCAGGGUUCCGGCCUUGCUGUCAGGGUCUCGAUCCCACCUCGCCCAACAUCCGGCCCUCACCACCAUCAACGAUCUUCAUUGUACUAUAAGCAGGCUUUUACUGUCAUCCUAUCAUUCUCGCAUACGAUCCAAUGUGUGCC